AAAUCACCCACUCGCCGCUUUCGGUCUAAACUUUCUCUCUCUCUCAAAACUGUUACAGCUUUCUCUCUCACACACAAACACCAACACACCUACCGAAAUCAAACAAAAUCGUACUGUCGAGAGAUGAUCUCUGAAUUCUUCUGCUGUACGGACACAACUGUUUGCAAUUAGGUCAUCUGUGGCUUUAAUUUGAAGCUUUUUCAGCAAAAACUGCUUGUUUUCGGUUUCAGUUUCGAUCAGAAUAUGUCGUUCGUUAGUGGAUUAGUGAUCGGAGUUUUGGUAGGGAUAGCGUUGAUCGUUUUGUUCGUUCGGUCUGAGAAUGCUCGAUCUGCUCGUCGCUCUGCGCUUGCAACGACGAUUGCGGCUUUUGCGAGAAUGACGGUUGAAGAUUCGAAAAAGUUGCUUGCUCCGGAAUACUACCCGUCUUGGGUUGUUUUCUCACAGAGACAGAAGUUGAACUGGCUUAAUGCUCAUCUUACAAAGAUCUGGCCCUAUGUUGACGAGGCAGCAUCUGAGCUUAUAAAGGCUAACGUGGAGCCAAUUCUUGAGCAAUAUAGACCACUGGUAUUGUCUUCUCUGUCGUUUUCCAAGUUUACCCUAGGCACGGUCGCGCCACAAUUUACAGGAGUUUCUAUAAUUGAAGGUGGAGAUGAAGGAAUAACUAUGGAAUUAGAGAUGAAUUGGGAUGGGAACCCAAGUAUAAUACUUGAUAUCAAAACCAGACUUGGAGUUGGAUUGCCUGUGCAGGUGAAGAAUAUUGCGUUUACUGGGGUUUUUAGGUUAAUUUUUAAGCCCUUAGUUCCCGAGUUUCCUUGUUUUGGAGCUGUAUCGUUUUCUUUGAGACACAAGAAACAAAUGGAUUUUACACUGAAAGUAGUUGGUGGUGACAUUUCAGCUAUUCCUGGUGUUGCUGAUGCCCUUGAGACUACGAUACGUGAUGCUGUUGAGGAUUCAAUCACCUGGCCAGUUCGAAAAGUGAUUCCCAUUUUGCCUGGAGAUUACAGUGACCUUGAACUAAAGCCUGUGGGAACGUUGGAGGUAAAACUUGUUCAAGCUCAGGGUUUAACAAAUAAAGACAUUAUUGGGAAAUCUGAUCCUUUUGCAGAGUUACACAUACGUCCUCUACGUAAUAGAACGAAAACUAGUAAAGUUAUUAACAAUGACUUGAAUCCAAUUUGGAACGAACAUUUUGAGUUUGUAGUUGAAGAUGUUUCCACACAACACUUGACGGUGAAAAUAUAUGAUGAUGAAGGGCUUCAAGCUGCUGAACUCCUUGGAUGUGCUCAAGUACAGUUGAGUCAACUUGAGCCUGGAAAAGUCAAAGAUGUUUGGAUAAAAUUGGUAAAAGAUUUGGAUCUUCAGAGAGAUACGAAAGAUCGGGGGAAGGUGCACUUGGAGCUACUGUAUUGCCCAUACGGCGUGGAAAGCGGGUUCACGAACCCAUUUACUUCUAACUACACAAUGACAUCUCUAGAGAAGGUUCUCAAAAGUGGUGAUACCGAGAACGGUGAUUUAGGAAACAAAAAAAGAACCGUAAUUAUAAGAGGCGUGCUUUCCGUCACCGUGAUAUCUGCUGAAGACUUGCCGCCUACAGAUCUUUUGGGAAAAGCAGAUCCUUUUGUUGUACUCACUAUGAAAAAAACCGGGAUGAAAAACAGCACUAGGGUUGUGAAUGAGAAUUUAAACCCAGUUUGGAAUCAGACUUUUGACUUUGUUGUGGAGGAUGGGUUGCAUGAUAUGCUUAUGGUGGAAGUAUAUGACCAUGAUACAUUCGGGAAGGAUUACAUGGGAAGAUGCAUAUUGACGCUAACAAGGGUCAUACUGGAAGGCGAAUACAAGGACUGUUUUCCACUUGAUGGUGCUAAAUCCGGGAAACUCAACUUGAACCUCAAGUGGAUGCCUCAACCAAUUUACCGCGAUUCUUAGCAUUCAAGCACCAUCAUUCAGACAUCUGAACCAAUGUUGGAUACACAUGAUGUACAUAAUCUUUGUGAAAUUGUUGUAAAAAACAAAGAUUAUUGAUUUAGACUUGGAAGAUAAUAAGGGCAUGCGCUUGUUCGGUAGCAGGAUUUUGGUCUUUCUUUGUAUCUGAUAGUUCCUUUUUUUGGCUUGUUUCCAUUUAAACCUUGAAUCCUCACUUAGCAAUGGAAGAAAUUUCUAUCUUCAAUUUUUACUA